AUGUGCCUCUUCAAUGUGAAGGAUGGCUUCCUAGAGGCAGUAGUGCGGGGCUACAAGCUGGGGCUGUUGACCACAUCAGAUUAUAACAACCUGUGCCAGUGCGAGACGCUGGAGGAUAUAAAGCUCUACCUGACGGGCACCGACUACGGCCCCUUCCUGGCCAACGAGGCCUCCCCCAUGCACACCACCACGCUGGUGGACUGCUGCACCCGCAAGCUGGUGGCGGACUGGCGGUACCUGCGGGAGAACGCGGGGGAGCCCAUGGGUCGGUUCCUGGACUACUGCACCUACGGCCACAUGAUUGACAAUGUGGUGCUGAUAGUCACCGGCACGCUGCAUGAGCGGGACGUGCAGGAGCUGCUGGAGAAGUGCAACCCGCUGGGCAUGUUUGACGCCAUUGCCAGCCUGGCGGUGGCGCAGAACAUGCGCGACCUGUACCGCCUGGUGCUGGUGGACACCCCCUUGGCCCCCUACUUCUCCGACAACCUUACCCACGAAGACCUGGACGAAAUGAACAUCGAGGUGAUGCGCAACACGCUGUACAAGGCGUACCUCGACGACUUUGCCUCCUUUGUGCACCGCAUUGGCGGCACCACGGGGGAGGUGAUGGGGGAGAUGCUGUCCUUCGAGGCCGACCGCCGCGCCCUCAACAUCACCCUCAACUCCAUCGGCACCGAGCUGACCCGCGACGACCGCCGCAAGCUGUACGCCAACUUUGGCCUGCUCUACCCGCACGGCCAGGCUGAGCUGGCGGUGGCCGAGGACUUUGACCAGAUACGGUCGGCCAUGGAGAAGUGCCCGCCCUACCAGGCCAUCUUCAGCAGGCUGGGCCUGGGCGAGACGCAGAUGCUGGACAAGAUUCUGUAUGAGGAGGAGGUGCGGCAGCUGAUGAACACAUACGAGCAGCAGUUCCACUAUGGGGUGUUCUACGCAUACAUGCGCCUCAGGGAACAGGAGGUCCGCAACAUCAUGUGGAUUGCCGAGUGCGUGGCGCAGGACCAGAAGAACCGGGUGCAGGACGGCAUCGUGUUCACCUACUGA